CCAUUCGUAUUGUUCAUCAUCAUUCGUUCAAAAUUGCUACUACUCGAAGAAAUACGAAGUUAUCGUGUUUUAAUAUUUCGAACUGCGUAUUUUUUAUUUACUAUGUUUUUUGUUAUGUUUUAAUUAAAUCAACAUAACUUUAUAGUUGUUAUAUUUAUAUAGUUUUAUAUACCCAUGUAAAGGGCUUUGUUGAUAAGUGUUUACUAUUAUUUUUGUGAAAGAUGGCAGAGAAGAUUGUCAUAACCAGUGGCAACCAGCCCAUUGUAAAGAUAGGGCAUUAUACGCUGGGAGCUACCCUUGGUGUCGGUACCUUUGGCAAGGUGAAGAUAGGGGAGCACCAGCUGACCAAACACAAGGUCGCCGUGAAGAUUCUGAACAGACAGAAGAUAAAGAGCCUCGAUGUCGUGGGAAAGAUCAGACGUGAGAUACAGAACCUUAAGUUGUUCAGACACCCGCAUAUUAUUAAACUGUACCAGGUGAUAUCCACUCCAACUGACAUAUUCAUGAUAAUGGAAUAUGUGUCUGGUGGUGAACUGUUUGACUAUAUAGUGAAGAGAGGCAAGCUCCAAGAGCAUGAAGCCAGGAGGUUUUUCCAACAGAUUAUAUCAGGUGUGGACUAUUGCCAUAGACACAUGAUAGUGCACAGAGACCUUAAACCUGAAAACCUCCUUCUUGACCACAACAUGCAUGUGAAAAUAGCUGAUUUUGGACUCUCCAACAUGAUGAUGGAUGGAGAAUUUUUAAGGACAUCAUGUGGAUCACCUAAUUAUGCAGCACCUGAGGUUAUAUCAGGAAAACUAUAUGCUGGACCAGAAGUAGAUGUAUGGUCAUGUGGAGUCAUACUCUAUGCUCUGCUCUGUGGAACACUACCAUUUGACGAUGAACAUGUUCCGACACUGUUCAGGAAGAUUAAAUCUGGCAUAUUCCCCAUACCUGAGUACCUGAAUAAGAGUGUAGUUAGUUUGCUAUGUAUGAUGCUGCAAGUGGACCCGAUGAAGAGAGCCUCUAUUGAGGAUGUAAAGAAACAUGAAUGGUUCCAAAAAGACCUGCCAGGGUAUCUAUUCCCAUCUCCAGUUGAGCAGGUAAUUACAGACAGCAGUGUCAUCGACACAGAGGCGAUAUCUGAAGUGUGCGACAAGUUUGGCGUGAAAGAACAUGAAGUUCACAACGCUCUACUGAGCGGAGACCCUCACGACCAACUGGCCAUCGCCUACCAUCUCAUCAUAGACAAUAAGAGAAUCGCUGACGAAGCUGCUAAAGCAGAAAUAAAGGACUUUUAUGUAGCAACAGGUAACUCGCCGCCCGCGGCGUCAGAGACGGCACGUCCGCACCCCGAGCGGAUCGCACCGCAUCCACACCAACAGCAGGACAAAGCGAGAGGGACACCAGUGAAGAGAGCAAAAUGGCACUUGGGCAUCAGAUCUCAAAGCAAACCGAACGACAUCAUGCUAGAAGUGUUCCGCGCCAUGAAGGCUCUCGACUACGAAUGGAAAGUUAUCAACCCUUAUCACGUAAGGGUACGCACACUUAACAAAAUGACGGAAAAGUACGUGAAGAUGUCACUACAGUUAUACCAGGUGGAUUACAAGUCUUAUUUAUUGGACUUUAAGUCUUUGUCCGGCGAAAAAGAAGAUUCUGACGAGGAGGCAGCCUCGCCUCUAGUGGCGGCAGCCCCGCCCCCGCCCCCCGCGUCCCCGACGGGCCCUCAAGGACACCACACUAUGGAGUUCUUCGAAAUGUGUGCCGCCCUCAUCAUACAACUAGCGCGGUAAACACGGAUCGCAAGGAAUGUGUUAAUGUUGCGGGAUAAGUUAUAGUUAAUUGUGAUUGUGAUUUGUGACGUGUUACCCAGGUUUGGCCGGCUCGAAUUAGGUGAAGUCAAUUAAUUGCGUCCCAAUUACAUUAAACUCUUGUUAUUUGUUUGAGUUGUACUACUUGUUAUCUGCGCUCAGCCUCUAUUGAAGUGGCUUCCUUGAAUGUUUAUUACAGUUAGAGUUUUCGGGGAAGUCAGGUACAGGCGAGCCAGAACCGCGCUAGACUAGUUCCAGCCAGAUAAACCUCGGUGUUACUCUUAGAAUAUUGCCAGGACUAGAUAAAUCGAAUAAGUAUGAACUUGAUAUUGUUAUCACACAAAAGGUACGAAACGAAUGUCUAAAUAAUUUCAAUAAGCAAUAUUUUGAUACACUUCAUAUUUUAAAUUUAGCAAAAUAAUAAUUAAUCACUAGUCUUAAUUGCCUCGUGCGAGUUUUAAUAUUGCAAACUAAUAAAAUGGAAGCAAUGGGAAACUAAUUAAAUGUUAACUUGUUCCGAAUAUUAAUAUGGGGUUGUUGUUAAAUUAUAAGAAUUACUUGUACAAUGAAUUUGAUGAUCUGGAACCUUCCAUUGAAAUUGUGACUCCAAACUUUGAAGCAUUGUGAUACAUUAUAGUGCGUCGCUUUGAGUUUCGAGCGGCCCAGUACGCUAAUGUCAGUCACUAGCUCGGGCACGCCGCGUACUGGCUGGCUCGGUCACCCCGCGCUGUAGCAAGUUCCACGUUAAUAUUGUGCUUUAUUAAGCCUCGCAGCUCUACGUAUGCUUCCUCAGUCAGCCAGUACGCUACGUCAGCGCAUUCCGAGCUCGCACCGCGCGCUGGUCUGCUCGGAACUUCAUUCAUGUGAUUUUACCAAAGAUUACAAAUGUUAAUUUAAGCAAAACUAGUGCCUUUUUGUAAUUACAAGCAUAACAUAGCUAUUAAAGUUCUCCAUAGCUUAAUUCUGAUUGUUCACAUGAAAUGAAAUGGAAUCAAAUUAGGAGUUGAAGUUAUUUACGAGAAGAAUGGGAUUAGUAGAAUAGCUAGGACAUAUUAAUCCUAAUAUUUAUAGAAUAAUUGUAUGCAACUGAGUAUUAUUAUAUAAAAUGUUAAUUAUUUAUGUUGUACAGCUUUGAAUAUAUGUAUAGUAUUGUGCAAUUCCAAAUUUUACUUCCUUAUUUUUUUGAAGUUACUU